AUGACAGAAACCUUGCGAGACGCACUAUGUGGCCCUGGUCUUUCGGAUGGAACUGGAUUGCAUGGCAACCGGGACCUUCGUGGUGAGACAGCGAAUGACGCGUUGCCAAUUGCGGUCAUUGGUAUUGCCUUCAAGCUCCCCCAAGGAAUAGAGUCCGUAGACUCACUCUGGGAGACACUGUCUGCUGGUCGAUCUGCUUGGUCGCCUUUUCCCCCAAGCCGGCUGAACCCAACUGGCAUAUAUGAUCCUGACGAUGAGCGAUUGAACAGUUUUCCGCUUAAAGGCGCCCAUUUUAUUAACGGCGAUCUUGGGGCGUUUGACGCCCCUUUCUUCAAAAUCGGACCUGCUGAGGCGGCUGAGAUUGAUCCGCAGUCACGAAUAUUGCUAGAAACAACUUACCAUGCGUUGGAAAACGGUUAUAUCCUGGCCAAUCGAAUCAGCUGGUUCUUUGAUCUUCAUGGUGCUUCUAUCCAUGUCGGGACUGCUUGCUCCAGCGCUCUUGUAGCUAUACACGCGGCCUGUCAAGGGAUCCGGGCCGGAGAAUCUGAUCUGGCUAUUGUCGCUGGUGUCAACCUGUUGAUCAAUCCUGAUAUGGCUAUGUUUCUUAACAAUCAGAACUUCUUAUCUCCGGACGGCCGCAGCUGGAGUUUUGAUCAAAGCGCAAAUGGCUACGGUCGAGGGGAGGGUUUCGGCGUUAUUAUCCUCAAGUCCGUUGACGGGGCUUUGCGCGACCACGACACCAUCCGGGCUGUGGUGCGUGCCACGGGCAUAAAUCAGGACGGCCAUACACCAGGGAUCGUUCAGCCAAGCCGAACAGCUCAAGCUGACCUGAUCCGGCAAACAUAUCAGAAAGCUGGUCUUGAUAUGAAGGACACCAGAUACAUUGAAAGCCAUGGCACGGGUACACCUGUUGGAGAUCCAAUUGAAGCCGGGGCAAUCAGUGAUGCAUUUGGUAGUUCAAUUCCACUUUAUGUUGGCUCCGUCAAGGCGAACAUAGGUCAUCUGGAGGACGCCAGCGCUAUCGCGAGCGUCAUCAAAAGUGUUUUGGUGCUCGAGCAGGGAGAGAUUCCUCCCAUUGCGGGGCUCGAGGUUGUCAAUCCGGCAAUUGCAGUGGAGCAUCCCAAUCUACAGUUCCCGAAAACGACAGUGCGCUGGCCAUCAAAGGGGCUACGGAGAUUGUCAAUCAAUUCCUUUGGUUUCGGUGGAACAAACGCACACAUUGUCAUGGAGGAUGCUGAGAACCACUUAAAGUCCAGAGGAAUUACAGCCAGUACAUCCAAAACGUCGUCGGACCGACUCGAGGACCCAAAGCUCCUAGUAUUCUCGGCCCAGGAUGAAGGUGGUAUAGGUCGGCUUCAGUCUGCUUAUAAUCAGUAUCAUGCCGUUGGUCCGUAUCCCUCCAAUCAAGAUUACGUCGGGCAGCUGGCAUACACGUUGAGUGAACGACGAAGUACGCUGCUCUGGCGCUCGUUUGUCACCUGCGCCUCUCUGAAUAGCCUCACCCAAGGGCUUAAAUUAUCCACACCGGUCAAAGCGCUUGUUGCCCCUAAGCUAGCCCUCUGUUUUACUGGUCAGGGAGCACAAUGGUAUUCUAUGGGGCGAGAGUUACGUAUCUAUGACUCUUAUAGGGAAGCCUUGUCGGUGAGCGCGACAACGCUGAAAUCAAUCGGUUGCGAGUGGAACCUCCUUGAUGAGCUUUCUCGGGCACCAAACGAAAGCAGAAUCAAUGACCCCGAAAUCAGCCAGACACUGUGUACGGCUGUCCAGAUAGGUUUGGUGGAUUUGCUCGAGGCGGUCGGUGUCAAAGCCACGGUUGUUAUUGGGCACUCCUCUGGAGAAAUUGCAGCAGCGUAUUCCGUCGGUUUUCUCGACAAACGCUCUGCGAUCCGCGUGGCUUAUUAUAGGGGGCUCUUGGCUUCGCUGCUUGUCAGUGGUAACACCCACGAAGGUGCUAUGCUCGCGGCUGGCGCUUCCGAUUCACAGAUCCAACCUUACCUAGAUGCUGUUGGAAUGCAGCAUGGCAAGAAAGGUAUUACUGUAGGCUGCAUCAACAGCCCUCGCAGUGUCACUGUUACCGGCGAUUUACAGCAAAUUGAAUGCUUGAAACGGCUAUUAGACGCAGACGGCAUCUUCGCUCGAAAGCUCGCGGUUCCGGUAGCGUAUCAUUCUUCACAUAUGGAAGCCAUCGCCAAGAGAUAUUACGACUCCCUUGACUCCUUGACUGGGAGGCCAGGCAGUCUAGCGACUGUGAUGAUAUCCUCCGUCACGGGCGAGCCUGUGACAUCGAGAGAGGUCUGCCAGAGGCGCUAUUGGGUGGACAACAUGGUAUCUCCAGUGCGCUUCGCGAAGGCACUGAGCAGAGCAGGAUCCCUGCGUGUCAUCGGGGACAAAACGUCCCCACAUGAGGUCAGUCGUCCGCAGUUCCUGUUCCAGGACAUCUUAGAGAUAGGACCGCACUCAACACUUCGACGACAAAUCGAGGACACCUUAGCCGCAGGACCUGCAAAAGGCCCUGCUCCUGGCUAUUCCUCGGCGUUUCGCCAAGCACCGCGACAUGACUUUCUAGGUAUCCGAGUUCCGGACUGGAACCCGUAUCAGGCCAAAUGGCGGCGGCGCAUCAGAAUUUCUGAAGACCCUUGGCUCCAAGGCCAUGUUGUUUCUCGUGCAAACAUACUGCCCGGCGCUGCUGUCAUUGCGAUGGCGAUCGAAGGUGUCAGAAGCCUACUCAGUGUUUCACCAGCUCCAGACAAGUUGGCUGUUUAUAAGUUGAAAGACAUCCAGUUCUUCCGACCGGUCGGCAUCUCAGCAGAUACGGAUGGUGUCGAAGUCGAGUUUUAUAUCUGCUCAACCGGGCAGACUACGGACCGCGAUGACGGUUGGCGCGAAUUUCAUAUGUAUUGCAUUGAUAACGCCGCUUGGACUGAAGCAUGUCGUGGCCAGAUUCGAGUUGUCUACAUGCGGGAUAGUGGUCAUGUUGACAGUAAUAUCCAGACUAAGCUCGAGGCCGAAGAUCACGCCGCCGAGCUCGCUCGCGUCCAAGCAACCUGCAGUCGCACGGUAAAGAUGGAUCAAUUUUACAAUCGAUUGGCCGCAGAUGGCAUCAUGUUCGGACCUGCGCAUCAAGCUGUCAAGCAGACAGCUUACAAUGAUCACCUAGAAUGUUGGGGUCACAUCGAUCUCUUAUCUUGGACGACCAAUAGCAGGAAAUUGAGUCAAACAGACUUUGUCAUCCAUCCGGCCUCGCUGGACGGAUUGUUCCAUCUUGGGCUCAUACCUGUUACCGACGGAGGCAAGAAGGUAUUUCCCUGUGUUAUGAUAGGUAUUCAACAGAUGUGGAUCUCAGAAAAGGUACGAGACCAUAAUUCGAUCGUGGCGUGGAACAAAUCCAGCCUUACCGGCCUAGACAAAACUACUUCGAAUGUCGUUGCUCUGGACUUUUCUGGUCACGAAACCCUCUUUUCGGCUAGUGGACUUGAUGCCAAAUUCAUCAGGGGAGCCUCCGUAGCAUCUCAGGAUAGUCGAAGACUGUGCUGGAACUUUGACACGAGGCCCGACAUUGAACUCUUGGCCCCAGAGGAGCUCCGGCAGUAUUCUUUUGGUGUUGAAACUGAACCUCAUAUGACCGACGAUGUUUUCUUUAAUGACCUACUUGCUCGAGUAGAGUCUCAGGACGUUCGGGGCAGUUUCUUUGCGGUGAUUGCUCGAAAUCUCGACGACAUACUGAAGGGAAAGUCCGACGCUCUACAUCUAAUGUUUCACUCUUCUCUUGUCAAGGAUUACUAUCGAGCACACAACAAAAUGAACAACGGACUGCUCAAGUCCCUGGUUUUUCUCGACCUGUAUGCGCACAAGAACCCGCGCAUGAGAGUCCUCGAGAUUGGUGCCGGAACCGGGGGUAUGACAAAAUAUGUUCUGGAUACACUGACCCAAGAUGGAUCCGGUAUCUCAGGCGCAGGAAAUCCUCGUUUUUCUCACUAUACAUACACCGAUAUUUCCGCUGGAUUCUUCCCCGCCGCCGAGUCCUUGUUUGACUCGCUCAAAGACAGAGUGACGUUCCAAGUACUGGACAUCGAGAAGAAUCCCGUGGCCCAAGGGUUUGAGCUUGGGGUGUAUGAUAUGAUAAUUGCCGAAAAUGUGUUGCAUGCAACUCAGGAUCUUGAUACAACCUUGAAACACGUGCGGGAGCUACUUAAGCCCGAGGGUAAGCUGCUUUUACUGGAGCUGACUAUUCCCGAAGCCAUCCGCACGGGUUUUGCCUUCGGACUCCUUCCAGGUUGGUGGCGCUUCAAAGACGCGCACCGAGAGUUUAGCGCGCUAGUAUCGGCAGAAGUCUGGCAUAGUCUUUUGUUGAAGGCUGGCUUCUCUGGUGUCGAGCUGGAAUUGACCGAUUAUGACGAUCCCGUGCAUCAUGAGUACAGUGCUAUAAUAUCCACCGCCGUGGUCGACGAUGGUUCCCCCAAACUCCAUCCCCCGAGAACCGCUAUUGUCUUAGACGAGAGCGAUCCCGUCCAAAUUAGUGUCGCUCAGACUUUGUCUCAAAGGAUUAAAAACAUGGCUGCUCCAGAAACCACUGUGACCAGGCUUUCCGAUGCUGCUCGUUUGGCCGGGCAGGGAACAUGGCUUUUUAUUAUCAUCGUUGAGCUUGGAGAUUCUUUCAUGUCUCGCAUGACUGAAAGCUCUUUUGCGCACCUCAAGCAAAUCUUUCUGGCUGCCGAUGGGCUGCUUUGGGUCUGCCGUGGUGGUGGAUCAAGACCACAAUUACCCGAUCACGCCAUGAUUCAGGGCGCGUUUCGAGGCCUUCGACUAGAAAAGAACGCUUCCAAGUUUAUUACUCUGUCCCUGGAAGCAGCGACCCUUGAUUCAGCAUGGAUCGCGUCCAAGACGUUGAAAGUAUUCCAGGAUGUUGUCACCAAGCCAGUGGAUGAAUGCGAGCAAGAGUACGUGGAGAGAGACGGUUCUCUCUGCGUGGAUCGCCUGAUCGAGGGGGGCUACCUCAAUCGGCAGCUGCCUGCCCUCGCCGUAGAGACAGAAAAUGGAGAAAGAGCUUUUGGGGAUUGCGAUAGCUUGAGGCUCGAGAUUACGACUCCUGGGCUUCUUGAUACUUUGCAGUUUGUGGCGGACAAAAACAUACAUGAGCCCCUUGGUGCAGACGAAAUUGAAAUCCAAGUCGAAGCCAGUGGCGUCAAUUUCCGUGACUGCCUGACCGCUUUAGGUCGUAUUCCUGGUGAUAUCUUGGGGCUUGAUUGCUCUGGCACGGUGACUCGUCGCGGGGACACUGUCACUGACCUGGCCGUUGGGGAUCGGGUCUUUGCGGGUGCGCUUGGAACUUAUCAAACGUACACACGAUGCAAGGCUAGCCAUGCUAUACCUAUACCCGAUUCGAUGAGCUUUUCGGAAGCAGCUGCUCUCCCCGUUGUCUUGAAUACGGCUUUCUACGCACUUGUUCAUGUCGCUAAUAUCCAACCCCGUGAAACCGUUCUGAUACACUCCGCUGCAGGCGGGACUGGGCAGGCGGCAAUUCAGGUUUCUAGGUUACGCAAAGCCGAGAUCUUUGCCACGGUAGGCUCUGAGGAGAAAAAGACCUUGCUGAUGAACUUAUAUCAAAUCAGCGAGGACCAUAUCUUCGACAGUAGAAGCACGUCGUUUGUCAAAGGUAUUCAACGGAUGACCUCCGGAAGGGGUGUCGAUGUUAUCCUGAACUCUCUCAGUGGAGAUCUUCUGGUGGAGAGCUGGCAGUGCAUGGCUCCCUUUGGUCGCUUUUUGGAACUUGGAAAGAAGGACAUACUCGAGAAUGGUAGCCUUCCAAUGCGGCCCUUCGCGCGGAACGCUUCAUUUCAUGCGAUUGAUCUCAUUGCGCACCUGGACCGUCCCGAAUUCUUGCGCCGUCUACGAAGCGACAUAGAGCCUCUGAUCGCCCAGGGUAAGCUUAGAGCACCGCAGCCACUUCAUGUAUACGGUGUUGCAGAAAUCGAGAAAGCAUUUCGCUACUUGCAGGGCGGCCAAAAUACGGGGAAGACUGUUAUCGAGAUGAGGCAGAAGGAUGUUGUGAAAAACAAGGUAUUCGAAAACAUGACCUUCCGGGAUUGGAAACAGGCCGUGGACUCCAAGGUCGCAGGAAGUUGGCACCUGCACCGGCUGCUGCCCAAGAACAUGGACUUUUUCAUUAUGUAUUCAUCUUUCGCUGGUGCGAUAGGUGGCACUGCGUCCGUUAAUUAUUCGGCCGCCUGUGCCUUCCAGGAUGCCCUAGUGCACCACCGAAACUCAUUGGGCGAGCGAGCAACAACGUUCAACCUUGGACUGAUGUUAGAGGACGGCGUGCUGCGGGACAACGACACUAACUUCGUCACGCGCGGCACCGAGGUUCCAAUCAUAAUGAAACGCCCCUUGCUCAGCGGCACCUGGAAUAUACAGGACGCAGAAGAUACACAGGCAGCUAGUACCGGCGCAAACGGACCUGUGGAUGUUGUGCAGCAGUUGGCAGGAAUUCGCUCCGUUGAAAAGGCGGCCGACGUGAUUGCCGAAAGCCUUAUGCAUCGCCUGGGUAAAGCUCUCGGUGUGCCGGUUAAGAACCUGGAUCUAUCCAAGCCGCUAAACGGGUACGGAGUUGACUCUUUGAUUGCGGUGGAACUGCGGAAUUGGUGCCAGGCAAAGCUGGAUGCCGACGUGCCAGUCUUUGACAUUCUCGCGAAUAAAUCAUUUUCUGAGAUCGGCAGCUUGGCUGCGGGGAGUAGUAAGGUCGUGGCGAGGAUGUUGGAGGGAUUCAAGGAUGGCUGA